AUGCCGUCUAAUGAAAAAGAAAAAGAAUCCUCCAAACUACCCCCAGCCCCCAGCAGCGCCGACUUCACACAGACAUACAACCGGAUCGCGGCCAGCUUGUCCAACCGCCAACUAAAAUUCCAAUCCUUCCUAUCCAAACACCGCAAACCUACUACUACGAAUGACGGCAGCAGCACGGACACAUCCGGCGUCUCUACCCCCUUCUCAACAACCAAGCAGGGCGCUUUCACCUCCCUCAGCGCAAAACCCUCUGCUAGCAGUAGCAGAUUCAGCUCCGCCACUCCCGCUCUUAUUACAGCUCAAAGCAACAAUAGCAGCAGCAGCGCCGCUACACCAAUGCCCAACAUCGAUACCGACAAUGACCCCGACUUGGAUCCCAACAAGGGCCUGGGGUAUGCACCGCCACCGAAGAAUGGGGCGCUCUCGGCAGCGGAAAAGACGAAGGCUGAAUUGAGGAGGAAGGUACUGGGAAAGAAACAAGCAAGGGAGUUGGAGAAGAGAGAAAGGGAAGCGGCGAGGAAGGGGCCAACUGCCGCGGUGGGAGUGAAGAGGCCUGGGGAUGAGGAGAGUGAGGAUGAUGAGGAGAGCGUGGGGAAGGGGGCGCUGGUAAGGGGACGGAAGAAGGUUAGGGUUGCUGAGGAGUUGGGGGUUUUGAUGGGGAGGGGAAGGGGGAGGGAGAAUCAAGGGAAGAAGAGUGAAGAGAAGACGGAUGGUGAGAGCCAGGGCAAGGUUGAGGAAUCCAAGGCGGCUGAGGAGCCAGGGAAAGGGGCUGAACGGCAAGGGGAGAAGCAAGUUGAUGGGGAUAUUGUGACGGAUGAAGCAGAGACUCGAGCCCCGGGGCAAGGUGAGGGGCAGACCAACGGUGAGGGGAAAAAGACGAAGAAGAAGAAGAACAAGAAAAAGAAGAAAAAGAAGAAUGAAACUUCUGGAGAGCAAAGAGCCGGGGAGAAAGGAGGUGCCGAGAAAGCAGGGAGCGAAAUAAGUGCCGAUGGCGAUUGGAGGGAGAUAAAAUCCGGCUCGGAAACAUCUCUGAUUGGCUCGGAGGGGUGCCGUUUGGCAGCUCCAGCUCAGCAGCUCGUUUGCCGCAGGAGCUCUCGGUGGGCUCUGGCAGGGUUUGCAGCGGCUGUCAGCGGCGCAACCGCCACAACCCACUGGGGCCUAAGGCGGCCCAAGGCCUGGGAUCCAAGACAUUAUGGCCAAAAGAAGCUAGCCCGCUGCUGGAGCACCACUCGCGACCACUGGGGCACCCGGCUCGGUCGCAGCAGUCGUGCAUUGGCUUCGGCCCUUGCCGCCCCCAAGCUUGCUUUGACAUGGUGUCGCCCUGCUGUUGUGCUGCUGGCUGACUCGAGACUCGCGCACCGCCAACGCUACCCGACACUGCAGACCUCUUUCUCGCCCGCCGUCAGAACCCCCAGCUUCGCCCAACAACGGCGAAACUUGAGCAUCCACGAAUACCGCUCGCACGACCUGUUGCGUCAGUAUGGCAUCCCCGUCCCCAAGGGCGCCGUCGCCCACAACGCUGCCGAGGCCGAGCAGGUGGCCAAGGAGAUCGGCACAGAAGACAUGGUGAUCAAGGCCCAGGUGCUGGCUGGCGGCCGUGGCAAGGGCAGCUUCGACAACGGCCUGAAGGGCGGUGUGCGUGUCAUCUACUCGCCUACCGAGGCGAAGAUGUUUGCCGAGCAGAUGAUCGGCCACAAGCUCAUCACCAAGCAGACGGGCGCCGCCGGCCGUCUCUGCAAUGCCGUUUACAUCUGCGAGCGCAAGUUCGCCCGCCGUGAGUUCUACCUGGCCGUCCUGAUGGACCGCGCCUCGCAGGGCCCCGUCAUCGUCUCGUCGUCCCAGGGUGGCAUGGACAUCGAGGCCGUUGCGAAGGAGAACCCUGAGGCUAUCGUCACCACUCACAUUGACAUCAACGUUGGCGUCACCGACGAGAUCGCCCGCAACAUCGCCACUAAGCUUGGCUUCAGCGAGCAGUGCAUCGAGGACGCCAAGAACACCAUCCAGAAGCUCUACCAGAUCUUCCUCGAGAAGGAUGCCACCCAGAUCGAGAUCAACCCUCUGUGUGAGACCUCGGACCACAAGGUCAUGUGCAUGGACGCCAAGUUCGGCUUCGACGACAAUGCCGAGUUCCGCCAAAAAGAGAUCUUCAGCUGGCGCGACACCACCCAGGAGGAUCCCGAGGAGGUUCGCGCCGCGGAGGCCGGCCUGAACUUCAUCAAGCUCGACGGUGACAUCGGCUGCUUGGUCAACGGUGCCGGUCUGGCCAUGGCCACCAUGGAUAUUAUCAAGCUGAAUGGCGGCCAGCCGGCUAACUUCCUUGACGUCGGCGGUGGUGCUACCCCGGCCGCCAUCAAGGAGGCCUUCGAGCUGAUCACCUCCGAUCCCAAGGUCACGGCCAUUUUUGUCAACAUCUUCGGCGGUAUUGUGCGCUGCGAUGCCAUCGCCCAAGGUCUGAUCACUGUCGUCCAGUCGCUCAACCUCAAGGUCCCCAUCAUUGCCCGUCUGCAGGGCACCAACAUGGAGCAGGCCCACCAGCUCAUUAACGACUCGGGCCUCAAGAUUUUCUCGAUUGAUGAUCUCCAGACUGCUGCUGAGAAGGCGGUGCAGCUGAGCCAGGUCGUCAAGAUGGCCCGUGCCAUUGAUGUUGGUGUUGAGUUCACUCUUAGCAUCUAG